CCUCCCCAUUUCUCUUUCCAGACGCUCUGAGCAGGUUCCACCAGCGGGGGGAUCCUACCCCAUGGAUCUCCACACCUUUGGCCCGCGGCCCCCCAGGGAUGGAGGCGCUGACUCCCGGCACCAGCCUCCGGCCCGGGAGGAGCCGUCCAGGCACCGGCUCAAACUGGAGGAGGAUGAGGAGGCCGCCCGGCUGCGCGCCCCCCGGGCCCCACCCUGGCCCCCUGGCCCUGGGGAGGCCGGGCCGGAGCAGGGCGAGGCCGCGCGCUACGGUCGCUACCUGCUGAUCGACAGCCAGGGGCUGCCCUACACGGUGCUGGUGGAGGAGGCGGGCGCGGUGGGUGAGCGGGCGGGCCUGCGGAAGGUGUACUGCUGCCCGGUGUGCUCGCGUACCUUCGAGUACCUCUCCUACCUGCAGCGGCACAGCAUCACCCACUCGGAGCACAAGCCCCACGUCUGCCGGGCCUGCGGCAAAGCCUUCAAGCGCACGUCCCACCUGGAGCGGCACAAGUACACCCACGCCGGGCGCAAGCCCCACCAGUGCCCCAUCUGCCAGCGCAGCUUCCGCGACACCGGCGAGCUGGCCCACCACCAGCGCGUGCACACAGGCGAGCGCCCCUUCCAGUGCGAGGACUGCCACAUGCGCUUCGGCGAGCGCAACACGCUCCAGCGGCACAUCCGGCGCAAGCACCGCCAGCAGCCGCCCACGCCCUGACGGGCACGGGGAGCCCCGGAGCCGGACCGACACCGCCCGCACCCCGACGGGCACAGGGAGCCCCAGAGCCAGACCAACGCUGCCCGCACUCCGAUGGGCACGGGGAGCCCCGGAGGCAGCCUGGCAGCUCCCCAUGGCUUAGCCAUGUAGCAACCCUUGUCCCCACAUGGGCCCCUGACUCUGGGGGCAUGGUGGUCUCUACUGUAUGCCCACACCCUGCCUAGGGGAGGGGUACGUGCCCUGUACCCCUGUGGGCAGCCCCUCUGUGCCCUAUCCCAAAGCAUUGGCCUCCCCACAGAUGCCCCCCACAGUGGCCCAAGACAGAGGCUGCCCCUCGCAGAUAGGGCAGGGCAGCCUGGAUUGGUUCUGUCCGAGCCCAUGUGGGUCCUGGAGCACUCACGUAAAUACUGGGGUUAUGGGUGGUAAUUCACUAGGGGAUGGGAAAUGGGGUACAAGGCCUUUCCCCUCUAGGGGGUGCCGGCUCCCGUCCAGCCCUCGGGCAGAAACUGGCUGGCUCAAGGGGGCAAGGAAUGGGGCACGGGGCCUUUCCCCUCUAAGGGGUGCCAGCUCCCAUCUUGCCCUGGGCAGGGACUGGCUGGCUCAGAGGAGCAGAGAAUGUGGCAUGGGACCUGUUCCCUCUAGGGACAGAUAGCUCAGUCCUACAGCCAAUGGUUGAGGGGAGGAGCGGGGUUGUCCUGGCCACCCCCAUAGAGGGUCGUGGUGACUCUACAUUCCCUAGAAAUAGGCUCAUAUUGCUCCUGAUGGCCCAUGUACCCUGGUAUCCGGCCCUCUCCUGCUCCAUAGAGCAGCCCCACUGGCCUAUCUAACCUGGUAUCCCACCCCUCCCUGCCCCGGAUCAGUCCCAGAGGCCCAUCUGCCCCUGUAUCCUGCCUCAAACAGUGACCAACGGCUGGGGGCCAUCACGGAAGGCCCAACAUCACCAAGACCAAUCUUCACAUCAAGUUUUUCGGUCUGGCGCCCCCAAAUGGCUGCAGGUGGAGGCAGGGGAGCAGGAUGCUCCCCCCCGAAGGACUCCCCGCCUCCCAGUCGCCCCAGAGAAGGAAAUCCAAUGACAGAACUGGCCUCACGUCAAGCCGAGAUCACUCCAAGGGGCCCGGCCUGGCCAGCUGCUCCCUCUCCACAGCUCCGAUUUAGGGUGGAAUCUUCGUUAUCUCGGUUUUGUAAUUAUUAUUAAUUAAAACACUUUUUUUUUGGUGGUU